ACAAUAAACCGGAACGCUUGGUGAUUUUGUCGACACAAUAAUUUUUACGUGGUCAAUCUAUCGGUUCAACGUCAAUGGUAAAACCGUACAGGUGUUUGUAUGACUUAUCAAAAUUUGAUUAGUUAGUGUCUAAAGUUUCUUGUAUAGAAGGGUAUGUAGGCGUUACUUGCGUUAAGUAGUUUAAAAAGUAUGUGUAUAUUCUGAAAUUGAUGGCGCUGUUCAAAUUCUAUUUAAAGUAUUGGAACUGACGUGUACAAAGUAUUCAAUCAACUAUUUAACCUGUAUUAAAUAGAAAUUUUGAUUAUACUAAUUUUUACAUUUUAUGUAACAUUGGUGCAAAAUGAAUAGUUCAGCUGAUCCAAGACGUCCUGAACGAGAAGUUAGAUAUAAGCCAGCUGCAGCAAGCAGCCAAGCUCAGCCAGGUGAUAAUUCAACACUAGACUACAUGAACAUAUUAGGAAUGAUUUUUAGUAUGUGUGGUUUAAUGAUGAGAUUAAAAUGGUGCGCAUGGGUCGCAUUAUAUUGUUCUUGUAUUAGUUUUGCAAAUUCGAAAGUGAGCGAUGAUACAAAGCAAAUCCUUAGUAGUUUUAUGCUCUCCAUAUCAGCAGUUGUUAUGUCAUACUUACAAAAUCCACAACCAAUGACUCCACCAUGGGCAUCAGCAAUUCAAUAAAAAUAUUUAAAAUUU